GGCGCACUGUUUGGAGGACACGGUCUGCACUUCGGGCGUCUUCUCACUCGUUAUUUUAAAUGGAAAUAAGUUUCUCUCUCGCUUUGGUGCAGUUGUUUUAGACGUUUCUCACAACAACCAAGGGAUUACAUGAACUGUCUGGAAACUUUUUUUGCGCACUUUUGCAACUUCUCCCCGCCUCCCCCCCUCCCCUCCCCACCUCACGGUGUGGAGUUCGCUUCGUGCCCGGGCAUAGAUCGGCGCAGUGUGGACAGUGGAGCAGGGAACACCCCGCUAGAAAGUUUUUACACUCAUGACCUGUUGUGGGGACAUAAAAACAGAGUCUUUUACAGCCUUCCUGGUGAUUUUGUCCUUGGGAUUCAUGACAUGAGUGUUACGGAUGUCCUGUAAACAUGACUGGACGCAUUUUACGCACCAGCACACUUGGGAUUAUAUCAGGGAAUGUUGGAGCAUUCAAGAGUAACUUUCUUUAGCAAGAGUUGCCUGGGCACGGAUCACGGCUGGUGAUCAGGCCACUGCCUCUGGGCUUGAAUUGAAGCUUUUCGCCACCGAGGUGAAACUGAACACACCAUAAACAUUGUAACACUAUGGAAGGUGACAAAGGGGCCGCUGCGCCCUCAAACGAGUCCCAGACAGACAGCGCUGCUGCGUCCGACAGUUUCUCCCAACUGUGGACGGACGUAAUGGGGAUGCUGGAUGGUUCUCUUGGCAACAUAGAUGACCUGGCCCAGGAGUACUCUGAGUACUACAACACCUGCUUCAGUGACGUCAGCGACCGAAUGGAGGAGCUACGUAAACGCCGCGUCUCCCAGGAACUCGACAUGGAGAAACUGGAUCCCAGCAGCACCUCUCUACAGCUCCGCUCUGAAAUCCAGGAGUCAUUAGGCUUCAGCAGUGAGGUGUCUACUCCAGAGACGGACAGAAAAAUGCCUCUGCACAAGUCCAGCUCUGAGGACGGAUCUGGAGGUAAAUGGGACAAUAAGAAGAAGAACAAAUCCUUUUGGCAGAACUUUCGGAAGUCCCAGCACAAACCUGUCAUGCGACAGACAUCCAAAGGAGAGGACAUCGGCUAUGUGGCCAGUGAGAUCACCAUGAGCGACGAAGAGCGCAUCCAGCUAAUGAUGAUGGUCAAGGAGAAGAUGAUCACUGUUGAGGAGGCUCUCGCUCGGCUGAAGGAGUAUGAGCGCAGCCGACAGUCCAGCAGUACUGACACUGCAGAGUGGACUGAAGGAUCCUCACCCAAUCUAAACCAGUCCUCAAACUGCAACUCUCGUGAACAGUCAGACGAUGAGCAGUCUGAGGACUCAGUGAAGUUCAAGCGGCUCCACAAGCUGGUCAACUCCACUCGCCGCGUCAGGAAGAAACUCAUCAAAGUGGAGGAGGGCAAGAAACAUGGCUCUGAAGAUUCUCUGAGUCUGGAGGCAUCCCCCACCUGUGAGGACAACACAGCCCUGUACACAGGGGUCCUGAAGAAGCCUCCCCUCCCCCAGGACGCCUCCCUGUCCUCCCUGCCCUCCCUCACACAGGAUCAGCUGUCGCUGGAUGGGGACACAGACAGUCUGACCACCUCCCCUUCCUCCAGCAGCCUGGAUACCUGGUCCGGACAUAAGCUGGUCAAGACCUUCAGUAAGUCCUCCAGUACCCACGGCCUCAUUCGCCCCCCCAGGAGAACCCCAGUUGGCUCCGGAGGCCUGGGAAGCUCCAUUGCCGGAGUGGGAGGCAGUGGCUCCUCCUUCUCAGAGCUGGAUAGCUGUGGAUUGGACGACGACGGGAAGCUGUCACGCUCCACGACUGACGGCGAGAUGCGGAAGGCCAUAAGCUCCAUCUCUCACGGGAGGACGUGCAGUUUCGGAGGCUUUGACCUGUCCAACCGUUCGCUCCAUGUGGUCAAUGCAGGCUCAGAUGCCAAUAGUAAAGAACAGGAGGCUAUAUAUAGAGAGGUGGUCAAGUCCCCCACUACAUCACGGAUCUCGCUGGGCAAGAAGGUCAAGUCAGUCAAGGAGACGAUGAGGAAACGCAUGUCAAAGAAGUACAGCAGCUCCCUGUCUGAGCAGUCCAGUCCGGAUGGGGCCCCCAGCUCCCCCCAGUCCCCUCAGCCAGACACCGACUCCCUGGAGAAGCCCAAGCUCAAAGCCGGAGGCUCAGUGGAAAGUCUGCGCAGCUCGCUCAGUGGACAGAGCUCCAUGAGUGGUCAGACAGUGAGCACCACAGACUCGUCUGCCAGUAACAGAGAAAGCGUGAAGUCAGAGGACGGCGACGAUGAGGAACCGCCCUAUCGGGGCCCCUUCUGUGGCCGCGCCCGAGUCCACACCGACUUCACCCCGAGUCCCUACGACACAGACUCCCUCAAACUGAAGCGCGGGGAUGUGAUCGACAUCAUCAGUAAGCCACCCAUGGGAACAUGGAUGGGCCUGCUCAACAACAAAGUGGGCACCUUCAAGUUCAUCUAUGUGGACGUGCUGAGUGAAGAAGAGGAGAAGCCCAAGAGGCCAGUGAGGAGGAGGAGGAAGGGCCGACCACCCAAACCCACGUCAGUGGAGGAGCUGCUGGAACGCAUCAACCUCAAGGAGCACAUGCCCACUUUCCUGUUCAACGGCUAUGAGGACUUGGACACGUUCAAGCUGCUGGAGGAGGAAGACCUGGAUGAGCUGAACAUCAGAGACCCGCAGCACAGAGCCGUACUGCUCACUGCUGUAGAGCUGCUGCAGGAGUACGACAGCAGCAGCGACCCGGAGCGCAGUGGCCUGUCAGGCUCCCAGGAGAAGUUGCUGUCCGAGGGUCGCAGCCUGGUGGGAGACUCCCCGCGGGACUCUGGCUGCUACGAGAGCAGUGAGAACCUGGAGAAUGGUAAAAGCAGAAAGGCUUCCCGUUCCAGUCGUUCCUCGGCAGGCCUCCAAUCCCCAGACUACCCCACCCUGCCCAUGACCCUUUCUACAGAGGCGCUGCAACAGGGCACCAAGAACCCACGCACAAAGUUCCCUAAGAACUUCUUCCUCAAGCCAUCCCUGAAGGGCUUUAGCCUGCUGGGGCUGCGCAAAGCCCAGCGGCAGUCCCCCAUCCCAGCCAGCCGAAGCUGUGAGGACCUGGAUGGACCCCCGCAGCCCACUGGUCCGUGGAAACGCUCACACUCUUUGGGAGACCUCCACUGGGAGCAGGCCUUUGAUCAGAAGAAGGAUGCCUGCCUGGAGCUCAAACCCACCAAGGAAGGGCCAAAGUCAAGCAGCAGCAGCCCCAUCAAGGCAUAUGGAGAUGCAGUUUCCCCGGUGCAGAAUGGAAGUCCAGCGGUAAGCCCAAAAGGAAGGGUCGAACGUCCACCCGUGCCCUCUCAGCUGCCUCUCCGACCACCCUGUCCCACCAACCCAGCCCCCAACCCUCCAGAGCACCUCUCCAGUCCCACUCCAAGUCCCCCUGAGUCUAACAACAGUGGGGAAAGGAUCAUCCGGACUCACCCUAAAAAACCUCCAGUCCCUCCCCCCGUUCCUGCCAAGAAGUCCAAGGAAAGACUGGCCAAUGGGCUACGUCACCCCCCUCUCUCCCUGCCCUCCACACCUUCUCCUACACCCUCCCCUACCCACUCCCUCACCCGCUCUCACCCCACUAGCCCAGUGAUACGCAGCAGCAGCAGCAGCAGCCCCAGUGCCCCAGUUCUACCAGCCAAGACCCCAAGCACCCCUACCAGCCCUUGCGCCACCUCAUCAGCCUCAUCCAUGGGUGAUGAACCAGGCACCCCUCCAGCUGUGCCGCCCCCUUGGCUGUCAGACCUGGGGGGCAAGGUGGCUGUAGCAAGGAAGGUUUCGCAUGCCAAGAUGAGUCCUGACCUGUUCACCCUUCUGGAGCAGCGGCUAGAGGCUGAAGGCAUCGAUCUCACAGAGGAGCCCUACUCUGACAAGCAUGGUCGGUGUGGCAUCCCCCAGCCCCUGAUGCAGCGAUACUCUGAGGACCUGGAGCAGCCUGUCAAGGAUGUGGCCUCCACCAUGGACCAGCUCCGAGUCAAAGAGCUUCGCAAACAACACCGCAUGGCUAUCCCCUCUGGAGGUUUGACGGAGAUGUGCCGGAAGCCUCUGUCCUCGGGUAACAUCAGCACAGUGUCCGAUUGGCUCAUCUCCAUCGGCCUGCCCAUGUACGCCACGUCCCUGGCAGCGGCUGGAGUCGACACACUGAGCCGUGUAGCCUUGUUGACAGAGAGCAGCAUAUGGGAGGCAGGUGUUCGGGAUGAGAGGCACGCACGCCGACUGAUCAGCGAGGCACGACUGGUCACUGCACACAGAGAGGUGCAGUCGUAAUCAUGUCGGUGGGCUCCGAUUGGAGAACGGAUGUAGGUUUCAGCUCAUUGGUCAGUACUGUCUCAUUUAAACAUGGUUGACGACAAACCGGCCGCAGGACUGGAUGACCAUGCACGUGGCCACAGCACUACUUCCUGUCUUGCACCUGUCAAGACUUGGACCAAGACAACAGACAAACUGACAUCACUUGAGACUUAAAAUGAGCUGCCCUGCUCUCUCUCUCUCUCUCUCUCUGUCUCAGUCUUUCCUCUCUCAUUUUCUCAAAUGUUUACGGCAUUGGGGAGUUUGCUCCUAAAAGCCAAGACCAGAUAUCAGAUGCCUUUUUGAACCAGACUCUAGACUCACUCGGUGGGAUGGUUUCCGUUCUGAAAAUAUCCCCAAGGUCUUAAAACACAAGACUUGGAUCUGCCUUUAAGGAAGAUAGCACACUCUUUUAUAGGACUGGAUUUUUUUUUUUUUUAAUAUAAGGAAAGACUGUUUAUCAGUUGUUUCCUGCGUGUUUCAUAAGUGCUUCAUGUCAUCUCUUGUGUGAGACAAAAUUACUCGAGGGUCUUUUAAGGAUGUAGCUUGGCCAAAGUGAUUUCUUUAUCAUCCGCAGGUUUCAUCACCACUAAUUGAUUCACAAUUGUCGCAGUGACAGAAUUCAGUCAAUAUCUGGACUUUUAUUCAUGUACACACAUAAAGCAAACAAUGAAUAACUGGUUGUUUUCAGAUUUGAAAUGGCUUAUUUUGUAUUAUGUUUCUGUAUUAUACUGUACCACAUAUCCUAAUUUCAAAAUGAUUUUAUAUGUUAAAAUAUGUACUGUAUGUGUGUUGCCUUUUGAAUGUCACAGCCUUAUUUUGAGGCCACUUGUCAGUCAUUUCUAAAUAGAAAGAGCUGUCAACGCAGUUUUUAUAUUUCAGAUUUUAUGUCCAAUUUCACAGCAAAUCUUGGAUGCAUGCCCUUCACCAAUGUAGAGUCUUACAAAAAAAAAAAAGCUCUAUGUUGCACUAAUAAUCACAAUGGGAAAUCAGCUUUUGAAAGAAGGCAAUAACUUCCUAUGUAUCCAAGCACAUUUUAUUUGCCUUACCAUUAUAUAUGAAUAGCUACAUCAAACGUAUAGUAUCCAUGUUGUCAGAAUUUACCGCAGACCACCACGACUGAGGCUUGACCGUGCUAAAGCCUGCAUGUUCCGAAUGUGUCCAAGUCUGACAGAUGGUUGAGGUGACGAGUUUAUGAGUAACACAAACUGAUAAACGCUCACGCACACGCUCAGCAUGUGGAUGUGCAGACUCGCAUAGCUCGCAUCUCCGAAUGGAUUGUGGUUUCUGUAAUAUACUUGUGAAGCCCAGACGGGAAACCGCAGGCACGACACAGCCACCGUCCCAUUUUUGAACAUCCGAAGCCCUGCUCAACACACACAGACAUAUACACACACAAACACACACACGCAGUACAUGAUCCAUGCAGUGUUGGUGGCCGAUGGAGGGAGGGGAGGGGUAGAGGGAGGGGGAGGGGGGGGACAUUUGCGCUCCAAAGACACUGCUGACAUCUGGGUUAUCCGGAAUUUAUUGAACCGUACUUUGGUUCCAGUUUUGACAAAUUAGAUUUGUAGAUGGGAAAUAACCUCCUAUAAAUGUCCUUAACCAAUCGUAACUCAAAAUUCAAAUCCACUUUCCUUCAGUAAUUGCAAAAAAAUUACAAGCGUAAGCAAACGUUUUAGACCUUAAACAUAAACUCUGCAAAAUGCUUUCACAUGAUGUCACUCAUUGUUGCAAAAGUGCAGACGGCGAAAAAGUCUCUCCAAGCUGAUGAAUUACAAUAGAAAGAAAGCUAAUGGUGGAUGACAGUGUUGCCAAGCUGACUUUUUUUUGUUUUGGUUUGUUUUUUUUCUUGACAAGGAAAAGGACAAGGAUCUUUCAGACAGUAAUGAUAGCUGGUGAAAGGAGAAUGUUGCAUCAGAUGUGAGGCCGACUCCCCAGGUCAGCACACUGGGACGACAAAUUGUUUUGUUAAAUCAGGGAAUAGUGAGUCGUGGGUUAUUCCAGUCAGCCUGCUACGAACCUUUUGGGCCAAAUACUGUAGCUGAUGAACUGAACAAAACCUGAAUCUCAUUACUCUUUCUGUCGCACAUUUUAAUGACAUCAACCUUCCAGUGUUCAUUGCUGGUGUGGAGUUUCUUUUAAUUGCAAAAGGUCUAUCCUUGAUAGCCUGAAUUUGAAGUCUUAUUCCCUGGAUUUUCCUAGUUUGACUGAGUGCUAAAGCUAAAUUUUGAGGAUGCUUUUGCAGUGGGCACUUGAUAGGUGUUUGAUGCCUUUUUUCCUCUUCAAUCAAAGUGGUGCUCUGGGCUAGCUAGAAUGGGGGUCGAUAUUUAGAAAAAGAAAAGAGAAAAAAAAAAGACCCAACUUUGAAGAUGUAUUUUGUAAAGAAUGAAAAUACUGACACUGUAAAUGCACUUUAGAAGGUAAAUCUAGCUGUUUUAUAGGGUGAAAUUGGCUACAUUUUGUUCAGAGGUCCAUAAUCGGACACUUGUUGUCAGGUAUUGUAAAGGGUUUCAGUGGGUUAUGCUGGUAUUUUACUUUAGUAUUGAGUUCCCAAUGCCAAGUCAAUGUACAAAUGUUAAUAAUCAUUCACAAAUUAACCUGUUCCGGUUACUCACCUCCAAUUUGUUUUUGCAGUCUUACAAAAAAUAAAUUCUUAAUUACAUAUAUGAAAUGCUGAGCAGAGGUUGCACAUUCUGUAUAUGUAAUUGAUAUUUAAAUAACUUAUUUUUCUUUUUUUUCUUUCAUAUCAAUUGUAAUUAGCUGUACUAUAAGAAUAGCAAUACCUUCCUGCAUAAUGCAUAUUGCUUUAGCUGGUGAGAAGCUACAGUAUGUAUUGUAAAAUAUAAGUGUACAAAUUAUUUUAUUUGGUUUCAUCUAGCUAAUGAUUGUCCAUACAGAUUUGCUUGUGUAUUGAAACAAAAAAGUAAUGUCCAUAACUAUUUGUCAUUCUGAAAUAUAAUAAUAAAAAAAAGUCUUUCUUGCCAUA